GUUAAAAAAGAAAAGAAAACCAACAUGCUUUUGCUAACUGUGCAUGUCCCUGCCGACACCGGGGCCUAGCCACCACCAAACUGACAGCCGAGCAAACAAACGAGCCCGCUUUCCUCGUCUACCUUCCCUGCCUGCCUCUGCUCCUCCUCUGCUCUGCCUCGCUCCCCGCAGAACACCGAUGAAACCCUAAGCGGCCUCUCCGAUGCACGCGUCCGCGCGCUUCUCCUCUUCCUUCGCCUCAUCCAGGAAGGCCAUUUCUGACGCCGUUGCACGGUCGUCCUAUCGGCCUCUCUGUGGGAAGAAGCAUCUGGGUUCUCUCUCUGCUCAGGAUCCACCCAAAGUCCAGAAGAGAUUAACAAAAGAAGAAAGAAGGGCCAAGGUAGAGGAAUUUGUUGAAAAUUACAGGGCAUCACAUGAAGGAAAAUUUCCGUCUGCUACAUAUGUUCGUAAGCAGGUUGGAGGAUCCUACUACGUAUCAUGGGCAUUGCUCCAGGAACUGGAGUACAAUUCGAGACUGAGGAGUGAUGUCAGAGAUGCCUCUUUCAACUCAACCAGAGAUGUGGGGACCAGCUUCGAGGGCAUAAAGGAAGAGACGGAUCUACCCGAAGUCCACAAGAGGAUGACAAAAGAAGAAAGAAGGGCCAGGGUAGAGGAAUUUGUUGAAAAUUUCAGGGCUUCACACGAAGGAAAAUUUCCACAUGCGACAUAUGUUCGUCAGCAGGUUGGAGGGUCCUACUAUACAGUGCUGGCGUUACUCCAGGAAUUGGAGUAUAAUUCAAGACUCAAGAAUGAUGUAAGAAAUGCCUCUUUCAGCUCAGAAAACUUCAAGGAAAAAUACGGGCUCCACAAUAUCGAUCUCUCUCCAAGAGUUGCUACUACCAACUUUCAGGGUGUAAAGGAAGAAAUGGCUAAAACUUCGGAACCUCUGGAUCUAAAUACUAAGCCACAACUUCCAGAAUGCCAUGGUAAAGCUGGAGCUGCCAAGCCAAACUUAUCCCCAACAACUUGUUUGGAGGAUAAAAGUGAGCCAAUGGCAUCAGAUCAAACUGAAAACAACAAUAUGGUUAAGGCACAAAACCUCAAGAGCCCUAAGCAUGCGCAUGAAGCAUCGAAAGGGGCAAAUCUGUGGGGCAGCCUGAAAUCCUUUGCUGGUGGACUCAGGAUCUUUUGGAACAAUCUGUAAAUUCAUAUGGUCUGGCUUGCUAGAUGUGAUUACAUAUAGGAUACACAUUUUUUUAUUAUUCUUUUCAUGACCUGAAACACAAUUGUAUAGUACUCCAGGAGGACCAUUCCUUCCAUCUUUCAGACGACGCUCCUGUCAGUUAUACAAGUCACCGUAGAAGUUGGAGUACUCUGUUUAUUCACCCCUUCAUCCAGUUUGCCUGUGUUAAAAUUAAAUGGAAAUUUUCCUUAAUCUUUUA